AUGAUUGCAGAAAACGAACCCGAGAUCCACCCGGCUUCAGGCGCGACGCUACUCCCACGACCAGUGGCAUCGCUGAUCUCACUAAUCACCCAGUCAACCUCCCUAUCCUUACGACUGGGAACAUUCUUCGGCGGGGCUGCCCUAGAUGGCGCGCGAGCCACUACUCUCACUAGCCUAGAGCUAAGCCGAGCCCUGGUGGAGGGGAUCCUAACGAGAGCAGGACGCGACGUCGCGAUCCGUAGUGGGGAUGAACAUGGCAGAACAGAGGCCGAAUCUCUGCUUGAGCGGAGUUUGGCAACCCUGCACUCGACUGUGACCUCGGCUUCGUUUUUCGCGGCCGCGACUUUCCACUUCUCGUCAACGACAUUGGCUUCCGUUGCCAAUCUCUCGCAGGCUCUUUUGUCUACGUUGGACGCCAUUCUUGGAUCUACCGAGUCGUCGAGGGCUAUUGCAGCUAUUAUCACGCUUAUCAGACGCGAGUUUAGAUCCGUGGAACCUGGUGCGAGUACUGAGAAGAUUGGUGUUGGUGAUCUACUAGUCGGGUCUCUGGGCUUUGCACUGCUACAGCGAUGGGGCAAGAAGAACACCGAACGACAUCUGCACCAGAAUGGCGGAGAUGAGAUUGUCUGGGAUGUUGUCAUCCUGGACAACGGUGCACGAGCAGACGUGAUCGGGUCCCAUGAACUACAGUUCGCCAACCCCAAGAAUGAGGAGCUGGUGCGGCCUGGUAAUGCUUCAUUUGUGGUGCCGCAGAAGGGCGAAGAAGCCUUCGAUGCAGUUCGACGAUCAAGCAUGACUGAACCGUUUAACGGAUCUCGUCUCUCGAUUCCUUUGGAUGGUCAGCAGCAGGUAUCUGAUGAGGACAUCCGCGCUUAUAUCAUGAGCCAGCUUCCUCAGGGCUGCCAUGCAUCCAUCAAAUCGGAAGUCCUCACGGCGCGAACUAUCACCGUCGAUAUCUACGAUGACGAUAUGGCAGAGAUUGCAGCACCGCCUGGAACAAAAAUGGUCGAGGAACGAUUUCAUCAUGACAGUGAUUAUGAAAACAACGUGACAGACGGACAGCGACGCUGCCCAAGGCAUACAGUGGUAUUUAGGACUGCUUUCAACAAAUCCCAAAGCACCCAACUGCGUCGUAACAGUUCUACUGACGUCCUACCUGAGCCCGACCAUCUCAAACGAUCGCCAGGAAAAGCAUUACCUAGUGUUCCGGUGGGAUCACAGCAUGACCGGUCGCACUCACAUCCUGAUAUCACAAAUGGGGGCUUCAAGCACCAUGUGACGACUCCUGACUCGCCGAGCGAAACACCCAAAUCCGCAACGGGCAGAGGAUCAUUCAGCAAAUUUGCACAGAAGGUCAAGCCGCCUGGUUUUGAGAAAAGUGACGCCAAGCGUCCAACAAAGAAGCCAUUUAUAAAGUCGCCCACUUCUUCCACACUCCCUCUUCCUCGUCUGCCUCCUAGGCCGGUAAAAGGAACUGCAUCUGUAAAGGAGGCGACUGCACGCGAAAUUUCUACCAGACCCGAUCUCAAGAAGAGACAAGCAGAGCCUAUAGACUAUCGACCGACAACACCUGUCCCGAAUCGAGGCUUACGAAGGUCGCCAUUCCCCAACUCUCCCCAGAGACAAUCACCGCAGCAAGCAAAACGCGCUCCAUCACACAAUGCACAUAACCAAAGAGCUCCACGCGGGCAUUAUGCAGUGCGCGAGAAGAGUCAGGAAUCUCUCCUCACUCAAACAGACGCUUUCUUCUCGCGUCGGACUUCGGAUAUGCGGCCUGGCUCACCUGCAAUGUCUCGGACUCAUGUUCGCAGUAGCAGCUCCUUGUCCGUGAGUAGGUCUGAGACUGACGGAAUGGUGUCUGCAAAUGACAACCGACCCAGUUCGUCAACUCUGCAUCACAGAUCCCACUCAUACACUCCCAGUCUAUAUUCACUGGCGACUGCCGGUUCUGAGACAUCGCUCGUACUUGCACAUCGGCCUCGCAAAAGUGCCUACGAGGAUAUGGAAACCAUCCAGGCGCUCAAUCGCGAUGGCCUUGUCCCGGGAAUUUUCCCUGAGAGACAUUUUGUCCAGAACAUCCGCCGGUUUUGUCGUUUCUCGUCCGCCUCUUAUGGCUCCAAUGCCCUCAAAGUCAUGGGCGUGCCAAGAGGCACAAAGACUCUGCCACCAGCCAGGUCAGACACUCACGAGCACAGCGCAUUCUCGGAUCACGCCGGCCUCCCUCCCUCUACAAUCCUCCUUUCUUCCUUCGUCGAUCCGGCCGGUGGCUCCAACGCAGCCGGCGAGACGGAAACAGGAUUUCCACUCGUCCACUACCUCUCCAUUGACCAUGACUCCAAAGCGGUGGUCCUAACUCUCCGAGGGACAUGGGGCUUCGAGGACAUCCUAACAGACAUGACCUGCGACUUCGACGACCUCGAAUGGCAAGGCAAAAGCUGGAAAGUACACAAAGGCAUGCACGCCUCGGCCAAACGUCUCCUCGAAGGCGGCGGCGGCCGAGUAAUGAUCACCCUCCGCGCAGCCCUAGAAGAAUUUGAAGACUACGGCGUAGUCCUAUGCGGCCACUCCCUCGGCGGCGGCGUCGCAGCCCUCCUAGCAACAAUGAUUUCCGAACCAAACCCCUCCCCACUCGGCACCUCCUUCGUAACAGCUUCCUACCAACCAACUCCGCGACCCCCGCUCCUUACAGCAUCAACCAACACCCCAUCGUCCCUUCCACCAACCUCCCCCUCCCCAUCCCAACCGGCCGCCCAAUCCACGUCUACGCCUACGGCCCGCCAGCCGUAA